CUAGGAGCAUGUUUCUAGCCGCUCCCUUCCUCUUCCCCAAAUCCCGUGCUAAACCAAAAUAGGGUUUCUCGCCACCGGCGGCGGGAUGGGCCGCAACUCACCGGAGCACCGCCGUCGGUGCCCUCCCCGUCCCCCUCCGCGGCGGCAUGGCCCCCAGGAUAUGGCCUCGCUGCCGAUCCCCGACGAGCUGCUCGCUGAAAUCUUCGUUCGCCUGCCCACCCCAACCGACCUCGUCCGCGCCUCCGCCGCCUGCGUCUCCUUCCGCCGCGUCGUCGCCGACCGCUCCUUCCUCAGGCAGUUCCGCAAGCUCCACGCCCCGCCCCUCCUCGGCUUCCUCGGUCCGCAUACCGGCUUCGACCCCGCGGAGCGGCCUCACCCCUCCGCAUCUGCGGCCACCGCCGUCGCCCUCGCCGCCGACUUCUCCUUCUCGUUCCUUCCGGCCCCCGACCCCGCUCACCGCUGGGUUGUCUGGGACGUCCGCGACGGCCGGGUCCUCCUCCGCGGAAUGCCCCUGGAAAAUUCUCAUGGAGUCGUUUUCACAGAGACGGUGGUGUGCGACCCUUUGCACCGGAGGUACCUCAUGCUUCCCUCAAUCCCUGACGACCUUGCAGCUAGCGUGGAGGGGCUACGCCCACGUUCAUGCGAGAUUUUCCUUGUUCCCGAAGGCGGCGAUGAGUCAACAACUGCUGAAGAGACGUCAUUCAGAGUGAUCUGGGUGGGGCACUAUGAAGAUAAGCUCAUCACCUAUGUCUUCUCUUCUAGCACCAGACAUUGGCAAGCCAUUCGAUCCCUUACCUGGACCGAUUUGUCAGCUGGCUUGCUAUCAUCGACAGAGACGACACUCUUCUGCCGGCGCCAAUACGUGUAUGGCUGCUUUUACUGGCUUCCAAAUUCGAAGCACGGAAUAAAAAUGUUGGUGCUCAACACCCGCAAGAUGGAGUUCUCCAUUGCUGAACCUCCAGCUGAACCCAAAGUUUGUUACAGACAUAUAACUAUGGUGGAGGCAGGAGAAGGCAGGCCCGGGCUGGUCGUCCUUACAUACGGCCCACGUGGCCACAUUUAUACCAUUUGGAGAAACAAUAAUGGGAGUUCCAGCCAAUGGCAAAAGGAUAAGGUAAUCCCGCCCUCACCGGGAUCUGGGUAUGUGCUCAGACAUUCAAUGGGGACACAUUUGCUUUUGAAUCACUGGGGACUAUCCUUCGACGAAGAAUUAUGCCCAGACUUGUGCACGUUGGACAUGAAAACAUUACAGAUUGAGAGAGUGUGUGCUUCCACAGCGCAAAGCUUCGCAUAUAGCAACUAUCCACCAUCGUUGUCAUCACCUACAGUAUCAAAUGACGGUUAUUGAGGAGGUAAUGGAACAAGGCGCGGAGACGCUGUAAGCUGAAGGGCGCGUAGAUGGCCAUCACGAUGAGAGUACUGCCGAUGAUGCGGAUGCUGGAGGUCAGGCUGAUGUGUUGAGGGUUGGAGAUGGUGCCUAUUAAGGCUGUGCUGCAACUUGAAAAUAGGCUCGUGGUAUGUAUGUAGUAGGGUGCUUUUGGUUGUAAUAUGGUAUGUAUGUGUUGAUGGUGUGACUGCUACAUAAGGUGGUGAGAGCAUAAUCGAUGUUUAUUUUCUGUGCAAGUAGUAUGCUGAUUAAGGCUCUGUACUUAUGUUCCUCAAAAAAAUUAGUGAGGUAUUUGGAAUUAAUGUAAAAAGCCAAGAUGUUUUGUUAAAAGUCAAUUUGCUCUGUUCUGCUAAA